GCUGCCCUUAUAAAAACUCCACUUUUGCACACUUCCUCAUACUGCUGGCUUCGCUGCGAAGAUGAAGCUGCUCGUUUGCUUCGUCCUGCUUAAGACGGCUCUGCUUGCUUUAACAGACGUCUUUGCAGUCGCUUUGCAAGAGGCAGAGGAUGCUGAAGGAGGAAAAGGUACUGACACUUGUCCUAUUAAGCUGAAAACGAAUGGGAAAUGCGAUGAAGGAGAGGACUGUCCAUAUCAGCUAAACCUGCCUCCUAUGACUAUCCAGUUACCCAAGCAGUUCAGGCUAAUUGAGAAGACUCUCAAAGAAGUCCAGAGCCUUAAAGAAGCGGUAAACAAGCUGAGGAAAUGUUGCCAAGAUUGCAAGCUGCAGGCAGAUGACAACCAACAAAGGGACAGUAGCAAUGAAUUCCUGCCACCUAACACAGAAACUCCAGCGGAAAACAGUAAAAUCCAAGACAACAGAGUGAAGGAGCUGCAAAGCAAAGUCAACAAGAUGUCAACCAGCUUAAAAAAUGCCAAGGCUCAGAUUCAGACGCUGCAGGGUCGCCUAGAGAAAAUGAGCCUCAUCAAUAUGAACAACGUAGAAAACUACGUGGACAGCAAGGUUGCCAAUUUGACAUUUGCCGUGAACAGCCUGGACAGCAAAUGCUCUUCUAACUGCCCAGCAAGGCAACCAAGCCCUGUUAUGCAAAUUAUGCAGCGAGACUGCGCCGACUAUUACACAGCAGGCAGAAGAAGCAACGGGAUCUACCGCGUGACGCCGGACCCCAGGAACCAGAGCUUCGAGGUGUACUGCAACAUGGAGGCGCUGGGCGGCGGCUGGACCCUGCUGCAGCGGCGCCAGGACGGCAGCACCAGCUUCAACAGGACGUGGAACGACUACAAAAACGGCUUCGGGAACCUCAGCAGGGAGUUCUGGCUGGGGAACGACAAAAUCCACCUGCUGACAAAGAGCCAGGAGAUGCAGCUGCGAAUCGAACUCGAAGAUUUCAACGGGAUCCGGGAAUACGCUAAGUACGAGCAUUUCUACGUGGCCAACGAGUACCUGAAGUACCGGCUGAGCGUGCACGGCUACAGCGGCACGGCGGGGGAUGCCCUGCACUACAGCAAGCACUACAACCACGACCAGAAGUUCUUCACGACGCCGGACAAGGACAACGACAGAUACGCCUCUGGCAACUGUGGGGCCUACUACAGCUCCGGCUGGUGGUUCGACGCGUGCUUGUCGGCCAACCUCAACGGCAAAUACUACCACAAGAAGUACAAAGGCGUUCGCAACGGCAUCUUCUGGGGCACGUGGCACGGAAUCUCCGACGAUAUUCCCAGCGGCUAUCGGCAGCCCUUUAAAUCCGUAAAAAUCAUGAUCAGACCCAAAAGUUUUGUGCCCUAAAACCGGGUCGUCCUCUUAACUGGUUUGCAAUGGAUUGCACUCAAAUUUGCACUUACUCAGUAUUAUAGUCAGAGUUCAAAUAUCGUUAGGCUUGGCAUAAAAUAGUUCUACACAAAAUAACAUAUUUCCACUUAAAUUU